GCCGAGUUUGUUUUAGACCGAAUUUGUUAGGUGGCGAGUUAAGCUCAUUUCCAGAUAACAAGGGAGAGAACCGAAUAAUGGCACAGCUUUUGAGACAAUUUGGCAGACAGAGCUGUCUUUUCAGACACCAUGGUGCUCUCUUACAGAAAAGUGUUCAGCCGAUGGCUUCAGCCACAGCGUAUGAAGAAAUGAGUGACUUCUGGUCAAAGAACAGAAAACUGAACCGACCACUUUCUCCUCAUUUAUCUAUUUACAAACCUCAGUUAACAUCAAUGCUGUCUUUAUGUCACAGGGUUACAGGCAUUAUUAUGGGUGUCACUGUACCUGCUGUGGCAGCAAUGUUACUAGUAUCACCAGGGGAUUUUACCACUUACAUAACCAUGAUCAGAGAUUUAAAUUUGUCACCUGCGUUACUUGCAGCCUGUAAAUAUAUCCUUGGGUUUCCUGUUAUUUACCAUUAUAUUAAUGGAAUCAGACAUUUGGCUUGGGACUGGGCUGUAGGAUUUAGCUUGAAGGACACAUACAGAACUGGAUACUUUGUGUUUGCACUAUCCCUGUUUCUCACAGCUAUCUGUGUUCAUUUUGUAUAGACAGAAAGACUUGUUACACAUAAUCCAACUAAACUUAAAGCUUUUUUUUAUAAUUUUCUAGCUUUUGAAUAUUUUCUUGCCUCAGUAACGGUAGUAACAGCUUGCAGACUAUUUUUUAGAUACUAUACUUACAGAACUGAAAGGAUUUAGCCUAUGGAAGAUUAAAGAUCUUGUAUAUAACAAUAAAAAUUGAUUAAAUAUAAAAAGAAAACGAAAUCUAGUGCUAAAAUGAAGUAUUCACAAAAAAAUAAGAUUUUAACAGAACAUAAUGACUUCAUACAGUUCACAUUUUGAUGUGCUUCUGAAUCAUGGUUGGUCCAAAUUUGAAGUCUAAUUUGAUUACCGGUUUUAUGUAUUUGUAAUGUGUUAUAAAUGUAUCUUUGUUAUUUUAAAUGACUUUCUGUUAAGUAAUAUUUGAUGUCCUUUUUGUGAUACAUUGUAAGCAUAGAUAAUGCUUUAUAUAAUAUAGAUUAUUAUCUUA